UGACCUAGUUUCACCUUUCAUCUGUCCGCGUGAUAACUCGAGCUUUUGUUUGUGAAAGCAACAAAUUUGGCGAAAUUGAUGAAAUGGACUUCUGCUUAUAUUGCAGGUGAAGGAAAAGGGAUGGAAUCCCUCCUUUCAUGAAGGAGCAUAAUUGAAGUGGGCUAUGUCAUAGUAAGUGAUUGCAAACAGUAGAUGUAAAGAUGGGGAAGAAGAGGGAGCACUCUCGCGAGUCGACUCCUCAAAAACAGGACCAAAUACCAUCAGAGAAGAAAGCCUCACCAUCUCCUAAAACCACUCCCAGUAAACAAGAAUCCUGCUCUCGAGAAUCUACUCCAGUUCUCCAAAAGAAAGAUUCUUUGGAUUCUAAGAAGUCGCAGUCAGAGGGAAAAGCUGUGCCCAAGAAAAGGGGAAGAUCUCGAGAAAGUACCCCCCUGGAAUUUGACGAACCUCCAGUGGAUACCAAGAAAUCACCGGUUCUUGAGAAAACUAUAACCAAGAAAGGCGGCAGAUCUACCGAAUCGACUCCUCAGAAGCAAGACCAAAAUUACUUUGAUUCGAAAAGAUCACAACCAGCUUCUAGGAAGAGAUCACCAGCAAGCAGAAGUACAACCAAAAGAAAAGAUUCCACAGGAAAUUCAGUUUCCCAAGAAAAUAUAGCCCUGCAAGAUUCCAGUGAAGCACAAACUGACCUUUCUAAAGAGAUUAGUAAAACAGAGAAUCCAGCAAAAGUAUUACCUCACAGACGAUGCAAUUCAACAGACUCUAGGCAAUCACCUCCUAAAAAGAUGUCUAAGAAAAUGGGAGAAGAAAUCAGGGAAACAUCACCUUUUGCUCAAGACAGUACUGUUUCUAAAAAAAUUCUGGCCAAUAGAAUGCCCAGAAAAAAAGAUGAAACUUCUAAAGAUCUCGUCUCAGUUGGAAAGAAAAUUUUGUCAAAACCGAGUUUGUUGAACCGACCCGGCAUUACAUCAAAAGUUUCCUCAAUGCAACUUCAUUCAGCAAAGAAAAAAACCAACUGUUUAAGUAAGAAAAAAACAAAAAAUUCUGCUGGAGAAGAUUUAGACAGCUGUACUCUUUCGACAAGCAGUGCUGUGGUCAAAGGUGUGCAGUCUGGAAAAGAUGGGAAAAGGAGACAGAAAGACCGUAAUGUGAAUGAAAAGAUGGCCUUGGAUAAUGAUGUAGAUAUGCUUGUUACAAAACCUCAAAUGCAGGACAUGAUUUCAAGAACUACUGCAAAAAGAGGUCGUAGCCGGAGCCAAAGUUCAAAAAGACUUCUUGCAAAUAGGGCGGACAAUUUUGCAAUUGUAGAUGAUGUUGGGGUUACUGAGGAAGGCUCACUUGAUAAAGAAAAGAACAAAAAAUCUGGGCAGAAUGAUAUUGCUGAAGAAUUAAUUGCUGCAGUAGCGAAGAAUUUGAGUAAGACAAUGGGUACGAAAAAAGGGAAAUUUUCCCCUGAGGGAGUAAGAGAACCUGGAAGAAAAAUAUCUGCUAAUAAGAAACUGAAAGGAAAAAGGAACAAAAAAGAAAAGAUAUUAGAAGAAACUUCUAAAAAGUCUCCUUCUGCUGUAACCACUCAGGGCUCAGAGAGUAUGCAAAUGAAUCAAGCAGACGUUGACAAAAAAUUUGUAACGCCAGGCAAGGUCAAAGAAGUCAGAGGGAAGAGCAAGAUUACUCCAGUCAUAAGUAUAGAUGGCGAGACCCACUUAGUCUGUCCAGUUUGCCAAGAGGAGCUGAUGUCUGAGUCUGACCUGACAGCUCACAUCCGCCAAACCCACAAUACCCCCAGUACUGCUAGUAAGGCCUCUUCUCGUGCAUGCCUGGUGUGUGGGAAGGUGCUUAGUUCCCAGAGUUCCCUGGAUAGACACGUCUUGGUGCACUCUGGUGAACGACCUCAUCGAUGUCACCUGUGUGAGCAAGGUUUUACCACCAGGGGGAACCUCAAGCGCCAUCUGAAAACUCACCAAGAUGCUCCCGAUCCACCACUCCUACCUCAAACUGACAAACCUGGCAGGGACAACGAGUUUUCAAAAAAGACCGCACCAAAACCCAAACUAUCAUCAAAAAAGAAAGAAUCAUCAACCAUUACUAAAAAGAGGAAAGCAGUCAAUUUAAUCCAGCAGGUAAACAAAGAACAAUCAGUAGGCGGAGCUUCCAAUCAAGAAGAACUAGGGGGAAUGGAGGCUAACCCAGUGGUUUUAUCAGAGAUUGAGUCAUACAGUAAAACUUCAGCUCAGGAAAAAACAAAGACAGCGACUAAAAAAUCCAAAAUUUUAGGCCAGUUGAAUACAAGUGCAAUCAGAAAGCCGAAGAAUUUGAUCAAGACAUUGGAUAAAAAUCGACCUAAUAUUUCUAAGAAGAAGAAAAAAUUGAAUGCUCUUGGGAAAAUUAAGAAAAUAAGCACUCCCUUUCACAAAGUUGAUGGUAAACCUAAGGCAACAAAAACCAGAACAGCAGCUAAAGCUACCUCAGUGAGAGUGCCUCCUUCCAGUAAAAUCAACCAAGCAGUUAAAAGUAAGAACAUCAGCAAAAAACAGUCAACCUCUGACUCUGAUAACAAAAAGCGAACAAGCCCAAGAUCUCAGAAAGUGAAAUUGGAACAGGAUGAUGAUUCCACAAUCAUUACCAACUCUGAAACCAGUUCUGUGGCUGAGGAGGGCGCAUCUGCUUCAGACCAAGGUUCCUCUGUAUCAGCCUACCUUAAAGCUGUCAUGCCUCUUAGAAAAAGUCCACGCAUACCAAAAUACACAAGCUUCACAGAAUUUGCCUUCUUCCCCAAGCCUCGUAGGGUGGGUGUCACCAGAAAAGAAAGGGAAGAAAAAGCCCCUAAGCAGGUUAAAAAGGUUCUUGUCACAGCUGAAGUGAGAGGUGCAGCAACUGUGACAACUUUGAAAAAAGUGAAGAGGCUUUCCACGGCUAGCCCAACCCUUCUGAAAAAAGCGCUAACGACAACAAAUGAAGUGAAGUCAGCGAAAAAUGACACGUGCUAAGUCAGCCAGAGAAGUAA